CUCACUCUCACUCUCACCUACUUUUCUCUCUCUCUCUCUCUCUCUCUCUCUCUCUCUCUCUCUACUCUUUCUUUUGUUUGCUUCUCUUUGUUUUGUUCUUUGUUUGAAAUCUAAUGGAACCUCAAAAUCAACAGCAACAACAACAAGCACUAAACGAGGAUGGUAGCAGUGGAAAAGGGGGAUAUCUAUGCAGGACAAGCAGUACACGCUGGACUCCCACAACUGACCAGAUAAGAAUUCUCAAAGACCUUUACUACAACAAUGGAGUUAGGUCCCCAAGUGCUGAGCAGAUUCAGAGGAUCUCAGCUAGACUCAGACAGUACGGAAAGAUUGAAGGCAAGAAUGUCUUUUAUUGGUUUCAGAACCACAAAGCUCGUGAAAGGCAGAAGAAAAGGUUAAAUUCUGAUGUGCCCAUGCAAAGAGGGGUUGGAGUUGGGGUUGGUAACACUAAUUGGAAUAGUACACCUGAAGAAUCCAUUCACGCCAAGUAUCCCUUGCCCAACAUAACCUCUGGGGUCUCUGCUUCAUCUUCAUCAUCUGGGGUGAUUUCUGUUGGGCAUAUGGGGAAUUAUGGAUAUGGAUCGGUGAUUAUGGAGAAAAGCUUUAGGGACUGCUCAAUAUCAAAUGGAGGUAACAAUGGUGGUGUUGGUGGAUCUAUUGGGCAAAACUUUGGAUGUGUAGGGGUUGAUCCCUAUUCUUCAUCCUACAGUACCCUCUUUGAUAAGAGAAGAUUAAUGGAAGAAAACUUAGGAGUACAAGAAGAUGAUGAUGAUGAAGAAGAAGAAGAAGAAGAAGAAGAAGGUGAGAAAGAAACUCUCCCACUGUUCCCCAUGCAUGCUGAAGACAUCAAUGGCUUCUGCAACAUGAACCCUUACACCACCAAUAAUGGGUACAACUACACCACCUGUUAUCGCUCUGCAGAUGAUGGAAUCAAUGGGUCUCGUACUUCCCUCGAGCUUAGCCUCAACUCCUACUCUCACAGAUCUUCACCCUACCAUUAGAUUAGACCCACCAUAGUUAUUACUGUUUGUUUUCUUUAUUUGCUACUAUGUACGUACUUGGCUUUGCCAAUGUCUAUGCUAAAUUGCUAAUUAAGGGUAGUUUGCCAACUGGGCCUAGUUUGACACUCAUUUUAUAAUUAGUUCAAAGUACUAGUUAUGAAGUUGACGUGUAAUGCAAAGAACUUAAUGGGCGAUUAAUUUAGCUUUUC